GAUGACGUAUGACUUUGACAUAAGUAUGUGGCAAAAAUGGUAGAUUUAAAAGUCGAUAAGUAACAUUUAACAUUGAAAAUGGAAUUCCCAGGUUUUGGGAUACCUAUCUUCGAAUACCGUGAAGGGGAGGAAAUUAAAUGACACUUUUCAAGACCGACACAAAAUCACGUUGAUCUUCGAAAAAUGAAAUAUGCACAAAUAACAGUAUUGUAAAAUGAAUAGUUUUGUUAUAUUCAUAUCAGUAAUUAUCUCCGUUUUAUGUGUAAUUCUCACAUCUUUGCAGCAUUAUGUUUUUUACAAGUACCUCAGAAGGCCUGUGAAAAAAUUCGAGGUUCCUUUAUUUGAGGAUUUUAUACCAACUGAUGAAACAAGUCUCAGUUAUUAUUCCUUAGAUGAUGAUACGAUUUUACAAGGUUUAAAUGCUGUUUUAGACCCUCCAAAAACAAAUGAAAAUUCCAGAGAACCAGUAUCAGAGACAGAAGUGCAUAAUACUCUGCAAGCAGCUCUUGCCUUUCACAUUUCAGGAAAAAUACAUAAAGCAAUGAAAUUGUUUGAACAUGCAGCUGCGAUGGCUCCUGCUGAUGCAGAUGUGUUGAAUAAAUAUGGAGAGUUUUUGGAGAAAACUCAAAAGGACAUUGUAUCAGCGGAUGAAUUGUAUUUCAAAGCAUUAACUCAUUCCCCUGAUCAUCCCGCUGCCCUUAUUAAUAGGAGGAGGACAGCACAAAUAGUAGAUAAAUUAGAUUCAGAAAUGUUGAAAACAAUAGAUGGUAAACGAGAUAUUUUGAAAGAAAUGUUUAGUAAAGAUUCAUUCGACAAUAUCAAAAAGCAAGCAUAUUAUUUACAUAUCUAUCAUACAGUUGGCAUUGAAGGAAAUACAAUGACCAUAGAUCAAUUAAAAUAUUUGCUUGAAACUGGUCAAGUUAUUUCUGGAAAAAGUAUCAUUGAACACAAUGAAGUAUUAGGACUCCAGUUAGCUAUGAAAUAUGUAAAAUUGUUGACUAGAAAAGCAUUCAUUAGUGUCAACGAUAUAUUGGGAAUCCAUAGAAGAGUAAUGGGUCAUGUAGAUCCUGUGAAGUCAGGUAGAUUUCGUUCUGAAAAAGUUUUCAUUGGAAAACAUAUUCCACCUUCCCCUGAGGAAGUUCCUAUGAUGAUGGAAGCUUAUGAAUACUGGCUAAACUCAGAAGAAGCUCAAAAUAUGCAUCCUGUUCGUUAUGCAGCUUUGGCACAUUAUAAACUUGUUGACAUACAUCCAUUUUCUGAUGGAAAUGGUCGUACUAGUCGAUUAGUAAUGAAUUUAAUUCUGAUUCGUGCAGGUUAUCCCCCUGUUAUGGUACUGAAGGAACAAAGAGAAAAAUAUUAUGAUGCUUUAAAUGCUGCCAAUUUAGGGGAUGUGAGACCAUUUGUUAGAUUUAUAGCACAAUGUACCAUCCAAAUUUUAGAUAUGUACAUGUACGGGACUGAAGUUAGAUCGAUAGAAAUUGAAGAAAAGGAAAUAAUAAAUUAUUGAUUAUA